CCCUGCAGAAUGCCUUUAGUUGAGGAUGGUGGCUGAGAACUCCUCCUCCGUGACAGAGUUCAUCCUUGCAGGCUUAACAGACCAUCCUGGACUCCAGAUGCCUCUCUUCUUCCUGUUUCUAGGUUCCUACGUGGUCACUGCGGUGGGGAACUUGGGUUUGUUAACACUGAUUGGACUGAAUUCGCACCUGCACACGCCCAUGUACUUCUUUCUCUUUAACUUAUCUCUCAUAGAUUUCUGCUAUUCCACUGUUAUCACCCCCAAAAUGCUGAUGAGCUUUAUCUCAAAGAAAAAUGUUAUCUCCUACCCUGGGUGUAUGACUCAGCUCUUUUUCUUUCUGUUCUUUGUCGUUUCUGAGUCCUUCAUCCUUUCAGCAAUGGCCUAUGACCGCUAUGUUGCCAUCUGUAACCCACUGAUGUACACAGUCACCAUGUCUCCUCGGGUGUGUUCACUCCUCCUGUUGGGUGUCUAUGGGAUGGGUUUUGCUGGGGCCAUGGCCCACACAGCGUGCAUGGUGAGACUGAGGUUCUGCACGGACAACCUUGUCAACCACUACAUGUGUGACAUCCUUCCUCUUCUUGAGCGCUCUUGCACCAGCACCUACGUGAAUGAGCUAGUGGUUUUUAUUGUUGUGGGCAUUGACAUUGGUGUGCCCACGGUCACCAUUUUUAUUUCUUAUGCCCUAAUCCUCUCCAGCAUCCUCAGCAUUCACUCCACUGAGGGCAGGUCCAAAGCUUUCAGCACCUGCAGCUCCCACAUAAUUGCUGUUUCUCUGUUUUUUGGUUCAGGAGCAUUCAUGUAUCUCAAACCAUCUUCUCUUUUACCUAUGAAUCAGGGGAAAGUGUCCUCUCUGUUCUACACCACUGUGGUGCCUAUGCUGAACCCCUUAAUCUAUAGCCUGAGGAAUAAAGAUGUCAAAAUUGCUCUGAAAAAGUCCUUGAGCAAAAGUUUUUUCUCCUAAG